UUUGUCAUUUAAAAUUUUAAGUCUUAAAGGCUCCAACUUGCUGGCAUAUAUAUAUUUUAUUAAUUUAAAUUCUUCUUGUAAGAGAUAUGACCAAAUUUGACUGACCACGCUUUUCCUAAUGUAGCAGCCAGCAACCAAGGAAUAGAAGGCACAGAAAACCACAGUGGGACACACGCAUUGUGCACCCGUGUCUAUGUGUAUGUUUGCCUGAUUGUGUUUCUGUGUGUGCUGAGCGGGCGUUUCAAACGUUGUGGCUUUGCAAAAUUCUUAAAAAAAUAUAAGAAAAAAGAAAUAUAGCACACAGAGCUGACGUCAAGCAGAGCAAAACCAGGAACAGCAGCCAAAACUGUUAACCUUUUGGGGAUAUCAAGCAUUUACGGCAGCUCGCGGCAACAGUAACAUUUAAGUUUUAUCAGAACAAAAUAAAGUUUUGCUGUACGGAUUGCGCCGCCCACAAAACCAACACAAGAGUAAGGCAGAAGGCGUCUGGCAGCCACAAGUGCGCGCGCUUUCCCUCAAAGGACGCUUGAGGACUUAAAGCAACAUUUUUUGUUGUUCUCCUGUUCGCUAAAGUUGCUUAUCCCUUUCAAUUUGAUUUCUGCCAGAGAACUUAAGAGGGAUUUAAAUUUAGGUACAGAAGCAGUAACUAUUCUUCGUUCAGCAAUUAAAUGCAAAUCAAAUGUGACGACUGUCAGCUGGUAUGAAAGCACGUGAAAACCGCUCACCAUAUGCGACAUUCAGUGAACCAUCCACAAUGAGCAAAAAAAGGAGCCGCAUUGGAAGCAAGACGGAGCCAUCGAAUGUAGCAAAUACUAUUUCGCCGGCUAAAGGGAAUUUCUGUAAAUGUUCCAAUAAUGGUAUUACCAAUGAUCGACUGGCCGGCAUUGAGGACAUUGCCCAGUGCGACAGCUCGGGCGUGCCGUUCAUUUUGGUCGAUGGUGUAUGUGUGAAGUCACGACAGCAGCUGCAAGUGGCGCUGUCAAAGCGAGAAAAAAAGAAUAUAAAACGCAUCCAGAAGAAAUGCUGCGUGCUUCCUUGGUUGGAUCACACGAGCCCAGCAACAGAUACGGUACCUAUCACAGAGUCGGAGAAAGAUGCUAUGGAGGAAAGUGACUUCCAGGCAGAUCUGCAGCAACUACAGCUGGACAUGCUGAGAGCAGAAGGAAACCCCACACCAUCUUUGGCUACAGGGUCGACUACGCCUAUUGCGCAUGCCACCAGUGUCGAGGAUCUAGUGCCGAAUAGGUCAAGAAUGGACGAAAUCCGCGCACAACUGGAGAAGCUGCGCGAGCAGCAGCAAAGCGAUCCGGUUACACCCACCCCACUGGCAGAGAAACAACGCAUAAGGAGGCAAGCCACGUUUGACAUUGAGCGAGAUGCGCCGAUUGAGACGUGUGCUUCAAGCAUCUCACUAGACUUCCAGACCCCCAUCCUUUCCCAACAGCGUCUGAUUCGUGCCACAACGAUCAGCCAAUUGCCGACAAUUGACACACGACGGACCUUACAAAGGAUGAACAGCGCGACCUGCUUGUGCAAGAAAAGCACCUCCAGCAUGGUGCUGGGAAGUAACAAGUCCUGCACAUUAGAGCCUCUUAAUACUCAGAGAUCGCCUGUGUCACCCAUUGUCAGUCAAAUCGGUGAUCUGCUCAUGCAGUUGCCGCAUCAACAGCAAGAGAAUCUUCCACGAAACAGUGGACCCUACUCAUAUGUGGUAACCAUUUCGCCUAGCGUAGGCGGCACUAGCUGCAACGUAGAGCCGCUUCCAUUAACCAAAACACGCUCGCUGACGUUUCCAAAUGCCUCACGCUGUGUAACUGAAACGAUUAAGAGAGAUUCGCCCAUAGAUAUAGGUGCUGCCCCAUCAACCCUUCAGCCCAAGUCACGAACAUUCCUAAAGAUGCCUAGAUUAUUCAAGAAAAUAAAGAAGUGAUUGGCAAACAAUUCUGACGAGUUUAUUCGCAAACGGCAGGAUGAGUAGUUAGACAUGAUGUCUCUUGGCCAUUUCAUUGCUAUUCAAACUUGUCGUUAUUAUCUAUUGAUCUCUCAUCAGUUUCAAUAGUUAUUCGAUUAAGAUAUUUCUAAAUAAAAAAAAAUAUUUAAAUGAAUAAACACAAUAAA